AUGGGUGAUGAACACAGCAUGUCCCAUGUCAGCACCAAUUAUCUCCCCGUCGAGACGGACAUUGAAAUGCGUGGUGACCCUCCACCUUCAAAAACAUCAACCUGGCGCGUCAAUUUUUACAAGUACAGGCCUUUCGUUGUGCACUUCGCAUUGACGGUUCUUGUAGCCUCAAUCUGUUUGAGCUAUCUUGACCAUCGUACUUUCAAUGUCAACUCCCGUCGACCUCAAUAUCGAGAAGUUGAUGGCUCUGUUGCGUAUGCGUCGUUUUACGCUCCCCUCCAAUCCGACAUCACAACUGCUGUCUCGUUGGCAGCUACAAUAACACGUGUUGCGGGUGGAUGGUGGGCGACAGGCUACAUUUGGCGUAGCGCUUUUGUGGCCAUGGAGCAAGGAGGCAUUUCGACAAAAGGUCUAUCGCAGGCGAUUUCAAAUUGUCCCCCUGCACCUCGCCACUUUACUCGAAAAAGCAACAUGGUCAUCAUAUACGUCGCCCUUUUCGCCACUUUUGCUAUCGAUUACUUCUCCGCAGCAUUAACUGGCUCAUUCAUUUGGGAGACUGCAGUCACCCAAGUACCCGGGAAGAUACUACUGAACGGAAUUACAGACGGAACCGUCCUGAAAAAACAGAGCAUAAGCGAUUCAGUAUUUAUUGGCAACGACCUGAUCAAUUAUGAGUCUGAGAUCAUGAUGAUGGCUUCCGCUUCCGCAAGCAUCGCAUGGGGAACAUCUCAGCCAGACUCCAUCUUGAAUAUCACAGAACCCUCCACAACCUUUCGGCGUGUUAUCAAUGGAGCGCAAUACCUCUCUACCCAUUCUAUUCUGGCUAAUGUUACGAUGCCUUACUUUGCCGUGGACGCUUUCGAGUGGGUGCGAGACCCCCACCAGGUCUUGACGGACGGACAACUAUCCUUACUGUAUCAGAAUGCAUCUGGAUAUAGUCCUUUUCUUAUUAGAGCAAACGGGACCGGUGGGCUGUUACCCGACGGGCAGUGGGGAAAUGGCCCAAUGAUCAGAGAUCCACACAUGCCCAUAUCAGAAACACGACUGUUCACCUUUCGGAUUUGGAUUCCUUGGUCUUACCCUACCACGGCUGCACCGCUAUGCCCACAGAACUAUACGAUCGACCCAGGCUUGGUGAUCAACUUCAUCUCAGGCUCGGACUAUCCGGACGGCAGAGACUGUUUCGCAAUUGCAAAUGUGUCGUAUCGGGCUGGAGUGAUCAGCAGUCAAAACUGUAAAAUUAUCUCUGCGAAUGUCGUGGAAGCACAGGCUCCCUAUCCAAUCAUCGGAAAUUUUCAGUCUGCGGAGGCACUGGGAAUUGCACCACUCCUUGCAGCCAAUUUUUUCUUGUCUAACUAUGCUAUUCCCUUGAACUUUGGGACAAACAGGAACUUGGGCAUCGAGUUGGCUUCACGAGCGUAUCAGGCUGCAUGGGCAGCUUUGGCGGACUAUUAUACAGCCAGUGCCAAUGCUACGACUGUUCAGAUUGCCUUGCCGACGUUGCGUGCCGAAAUCACUCACUGGAGAGUGUACCUUUGGGUAGCGCUGCAUCUUUGGGUGUUGGCGCUUGGAUUGCUUUUCGCAUACAUUCAAAGUCGUUGUGAUCACCCCUGGGUUGAGGACCCGACAAUGGCCGUCUUCUGGUUGGACACCACAGCAGCCCUGCAGCGUGUUUCAGACCCAUGGCAGCCCGGAAGAGAGCUUCGCGAAGGUGGAAUGCUUAUACUCGAGUAUAACGAAGCUGGUCAGUGGUCAGUGCAAGACAAAAGGAGUACUACUAGUAGCCCGCCUGAGCGCAGAUAUUCGCAUUCAAUACCGUUACAGCCUAGGAUGCCUCCUUCAAGUUCCACGAUAACAGAAGAGGAGAACGGAGAACUUGGUGUUGAGAUGUUCGCCCGGACUUCUGCUCCGACGACUUUGCACCAUACCAGCUCGUCGGAUACCACCAGGACCCCCGAAAAUUUUGCAAAAUGA